AUGGAUUUCACAUAUCGAGGUCUCAAAGUAGACGGGCCCACACUUCAGGUCCUAACCGCCGUUGCUCGGUUGCCAUUUUCCAUGAAGGCACUGAUGGGUUUAGUAUCAGACGGCUUUCCCAUUUGCGGGCGUCGCAAAGCACCGUAUUUGUUCAUUGCUACUGUGGCCGCUGUUGCAGCUUUCUUCUUCCUUGGAUUUGCCAGCACGCCAAGCACACAGAGCACUACCGGUUGUCUUUUCACGAUCUUCUUUCAGAUGGCAUUGGCAGACCUUCUGGUCGAAGCCAAGUAUUCCGAGAAAGUGAAGGCCACGCCUGAGCGAGGGCCUGAGCUACUCACCUUUGUGUCAUGCGGAAUUUCCGUGCUGAACAUUAUCUCCACCAUUUCCGCCGGAGCGCUGCUGCAGAACUAUGGGACCCGAAUCUGCUAUCUCUUGGCCUUGCCCUUCGCUGCGCUUCUUUUGUGGCCAAUUGCUCGCAACCACUUGGAAGAAGAGAGGAUUCCUGGCUCGAGGCGGUGCGGACCAGACCUCCAGAUCUGGAGAGAGAAAGGAUUCGUCCCCUUCAUGCUUGCAUUGGCAUCGGGACUUGCCGCUCUGACCCUGCUGGUGUGCUCCUUGGUCAUCAAGUCAGUCACCGUCAACUUCUUGGUGGCCUUGACCCUAGGGAUGCUCAACUUGGCCUUGCUUUCAUGUUUCCUGCGCCCGGUGAUUGCCAAGAUCAAUGCGUUUUACUUCCUUCAGAGUAUAUUUCACAUCGGUACACACGGGGCGGCUUUCUAUUUCUUCACUGACACAGAAGAGUCGUAUCGAGACGGUCCCCAUUUUUCAUAUCAGUUCUAUGUCACAGGCAUGGGCUGUGUGGCGGCAGGUUGCAGCUUGUUUGGAGCAGCAUGCUACAACUUGCUUGCAAAAAAGUGGACAUAUCGAUCCAUGUUGAUGUCGACCAGCCUUGCAUAUGCACUCGCUAACGGUUUGAGCGUGAUCGCUUACAAGCGUGUUAACAUCAAAUAUGGUAUCCCUGAUGCUGGCUUCAUGCUCGCUUCGAGUGCCAUGCAGACGGUCCUCGGCCAAUUGGCCUGGAUGCCGAUGACGGUGAUGCUGGCCCAACUCGUGCCGCAGGGACUUGAAUCAGUGAUGUAUGCAUUGCUCUCGGCUUCGCUGAGUUUAGGCUUCGCCGUCGCCAACUACGGCGGGGCCCUCGUUCUUAGCCUUCUUGGCGUAACCCCCAACGGCGCGGUCCACGAGGACGCGAAGUUCGAGAAUCUUUGGAUCGCUGCACUGCUCUCGGCCUGCGGCCCUUGCGUGCCCCUCUUCUUGGUGAGGAUCCUCAUCCCGGAAGGGCGGCAAACUGACAGACUACUUGAGCUCGAUGCGGGAAGCGCCACCACUGGCUCCUUGUUCGAAAGGCUGUGUUGCCGCGAGGACGGAAUGGGGAAUCAGAUGGAGUACCAGCAUGCUGAGGAAGAGCUCACAGAGCUCACGCAGAUCCGAAGUUCCUUGCAGUCUUUGUCUUUGGGGAGGGAGCCCGGUUUGGAUGCUUCUCGAGGGCAACCUCCCAUUCAGAAGUUUUCCUUGGCUGCCACUUCCUGUUAG